GGACCCCCGCCGCCGCCCGCGCCGCCGCCGCCGCCCCCAGGCGCGCUGGACGCCCUGUCGCUGAGCAGCAGCCUGGACAGUGGGCUCCGAACCCCCCAGUGCAGGAUCUGCUUCCAAGGCCCGGAGCAGGGGGAGCUCCUGAGUCCUUGCCGCUGUGACGGCUCAGUGCGUUGUACUCACCAGCCCUGCCUCAUCCGCUGGAUCAGUGAGAGGGGCUCUUGGAGCUGUGAACUCUGCUACUUCAAGUACCAGGUCCUGGCGAUCAGCACCAAGAACCCAUUGCAGUGGCAGGCCAUCUCCCUGACUGUCAUCGAGAAGGUCCAGAUUGCGGCCAUAGUUCUGGGCUCACUGUUCCUCGUCGCCAGCAUAUCCUGGCUCAUCUGGUCCUCACUCAGCCCUUCAGCCAAGUGGCAGCGCCAGGAUCUCCUCUUCCAGAUCUGCUACGGCAUGUACGGCUUCAUGGACGUCGUCUGCAUAGGCCUCAUCGUUCAUGAAGGCUCUUCCGUCUACCGCAUCUUCAAGCGCUGGCAAGCAGUGAACCAACAGUGGAAGGUCCUGAAUUAUGACAAGACCAAGGACAUAGGAGGAGAUGCAGGGGGAGGGACAGCAGGGAAACCAGGCCCCAGGACCUCACGGACCAGCCCCCCAGCUGGGGCCCCCAGCCGGCCCCCAGCUGCCCAGCGCAUGCGGACGCUCUUGCCUCAGCGCUGUGGUUAUACAAUCCUGCAUCUCCUUGGACAGCUACGGCCACCGGAUGCCCGUUCCAGCUCUCAUUCUGGUCGAGAGGUUGUCAUGAGGGUCACUACAGUUUGACCUGGACUCCAGGGGCAGGGAUCUCAACUCGGAGCGGCAGCCAGAGAUGAGCUCUCCUGGCUGCUGAAGGUACGACCUACACAAGGUGUUUGGGGCACAGCGGGCCCACCACUGAGGAUCUCUGUGGACAGCCUCAAGCUUGGAGACAUUGUCUGGCCUCUACUGCCCACAGAGUAGAGACACCUGGAUGACAUUCCAGCUCUCACCGACACCACCUCGUGUUCAUCUUGAGGAUGGCCGGCCAGCAGGCAGGCGGGCAAGCAGCUUUUCUUCUUGGAGAGAACCAUCUUUACCUCAGCUCUAGGGCCUCCAGUCCCCUGGCUCCACCAUGGUGACUUGGUAAAGGGAGACCAAUGCCAGAACACAAGGGGCUGUAGACCCCCAUUCCUCACCCCACGGCCACAGGGCAUCUGGCAAUAAGACUAGUAAACAUUGACCUCCCGUUCCCUGCAUGAGGGCGGGGGGACUUCCCCCUGCCCCACCCCCCAUUGCAUGGGGGAAGGGCAUAAAGAAUCAUUUAUACGCACGUGGAGACUCCUUUCUCAUGGGGGCUUUUCUGAAGGCUGGAGGGUGUGGGGAGGCUCCUCAGCACAGGUUCAGAGUCCAAGCCUGGCUGCGCAUUGGUAGCUGGAGGAGGGACCCCUGCUUGCUGGCGAAUAGUUCACGCUGGCCGAUAGGUGGCAGUGCUCGAGGUAGCGGAGGAAGGUGGACUUGACACCUGUGAGUGUGUGAGUGAUAGUGAUAUGACUUAGAAAAAAAGCUGAUCUUCCCCCCCCCCCGCCCCCGUCUACCUCAUAGACUUGGAAUGAGGCUAAAUGAGGGAUGGGUUAAAUGCCAGUACAAAGAAAAUUGGUAGUGGUGGAAAAGGGUUCUGGACUCGUUGCCGUCCACUGAUUUCAGGUGGUAGGUGGCAUAUUGUCUGAAGGGCACGGAACUUUAGCAGUCCGAGUGACAGAGUUAUGGUGACUGCAGGACAGUGGUUAUUGUAGGAAUAAGAACACUUUGACUCCCCAAACACUGGACUUGGGGCAACGCUGGAGCUACUCAGCCUGUUCUGAGAACGCCUGUGUUCAGUCCUUUCCAGGGACUGCGUCCCCCCAGACAUGGUGUGCGAUGAACAUGGACUCCUUCGGAGUGACAGGGAAGGAGCCUCUUCCCUCACGGUUAGGUCUUUAAUCCCAGUUGAAAUUGUGGCAGUUCAGGGUCACAGGUUUGAUCCAGGUGUGCCCAGCUAGUGCUAUCACUGGAAGGUGGAAGCAUAGGAGAGCUGUUGUUUAUUAGAGAAAUGGUUUGGGAAAUGUGGGUCCAAGGGCUGGGGGUGCGGGUCCAUGGUAGGAGUGCUUGCUGGUGUGCAUGAGGGCCUGGGUUUAACUCCCGUACCACCAAAAAACUGUGUGGCUCAGCUUGAAGCUUGGUCCCUUUCUCCUGAAGCCGGUGGCUGGGUAUUAUAUGAAUGAUGGUGUCUUUUCAGUGAACCAUUCAUAAGCAAUUAAAA